UGCUAUGGAAUCAUUUCACAAUAAGGCAUAAGUAUCAAGUGGUUAUGAGUAAUCAGUAAUUACAUUAUAAAUGGUUAAUAAACUUCUUUUUAUAAAAACCUCCUCUUAGUUCAAACUGUGUAUGAAAGAGGUUGUUAUGACUAGGAACAGUAACUGUUGCCUAUGUCAAGGUGACAUCCGCUCUGCUGUGAAUCAUUCAGGCAGUUGUGUUACAUUAGACCAGAUAAGUUAUUGAUCCCCACAAUGCACUCUGCCGCUGCAGAAAGGCCAGCAGCCUCCAGGGAGUGUACUGUAUAUUUGAGCUAUUUGUCCUCUACUCCCCUUAUUUUAUCCCCCCUCCCCUCUCAUUCAUUCACUCUCUAUACCCCCCCCCCAUCGCUCUAUCUCCUCUCUCUGUCCAUAUGUUUAGCUUGUCUCUUUCGGUGCCCUCAAUGAGGUUUCUGUCGCGCAGUAAAAGCCAGGGGAAUGAGUGGAGUUCGCAGAAUGCAAGAGUUAAAAUACUUCAGGGAUGGAGCAACGUUGGUGAUUUCACUGGAUGGUUUGAAUUGGCUUUCGAAAAGGAGACGCAGUGACAAGGGAAUCAAGAAACGGGAUGAAGAGCAUCAGUUGUUGAUGCCUUCCGGUCAGAUUAUCCAGGCUGAUGAGGAGCUGCAGCCGAUCACCUGCGUCUGUAUCCUUGAUCAAAGAGGAAGUGCAGCCACUCAGUUAUGGAGGAAAAGUGACCGCAGAUCAAGCUUCGUAACACGGGCACCACCCUUCUCUAUCCCCCCUCGCCGUUGUUGUCUUCCGGAGGAGCCCACACGACAUUCAACAUUCACUUCUUUAGCUUCUUUUGUCUCAGAGUGCCUGAAGGAAACCCCAUGGACAAGACUUAUUUUAAAUAUGCAGGACAUUUUCAGUUUGAUCAAAAAGAAUUUAAACAUUGUAACCCAGCAGGACACUGUUACAACGAAUCGGCAUACUAGCUUUUUAAUUUUCUGUGAUGAGGACAUACCGCUACAACUUUUUGGUGACACUUGCCACACUGAGGAUUGUAGGAUGUCUGUACAGGAUGCUGGUUGGCAUAUCAGUGAUAACAACGUGUUAAGUGAUUUGAAAAACCCUACUGCCCACUGGCCCCACAGUCCCAACACCAUCAUCUCUAAGGGGAUUCAGCAUGAACUGGUUACAAGAGACAAUUUGAACACAUGCAACUUUAAAAGUCUUCUGAAAUCCUGUCAAAUCUACGAUGCUCCAGGCGUAUUGUCUGGGAUAGACACGAAUGUAAAAAAGAGGAAGAGUGUGUCCUUUGAUGAUGAUGUCACAGUCUACCUGUUUGAUCAGGAGAGACCCACCUCGGAGCUGUACUCUGGGUCCUGCACAUCUCUGCCAAGCAGCUAUUCCUGCAACCUGCCGGAUGUCACAUUGGAAGACAGUGGCUUGGAGUGGGAAGACGACUUCUCAGCCUUGGACUGCCAUUUUCAGUGUGUCAGACACUCGGUAUCUCAGCGCUACCACCUUUCCCUGCCAACACAGAGCUGCACUGCUCUGUCCAGGCCAGAGCGUUUCUUUCUGUCUCAAACCUUCCUGUUCCUCACCCAUGUCACCGAGUCAGACCUUGAGCCCUGAGAUUAGAGAGGACAGUCAGCCUUGGCCUAAUGGAAAAACUGACUAAUCGCCCAGAUCUCGUCCUCCUCACCUCUAACUCAUCUCCCUCCUCUUUUAUGAUGAGUCAGGGAUUUUAAUGGCUUUUUUUUCUCUCUCCGCUCCAAAUGGAUUCAAUGCACCUGCCGUUCAUGACAUCACAGCCAUGCAGGACUGUGUGACAGUGCAUUCAGCUUUCACAGUUGUUGGUAUGACACGAUCACUGGCUAUGAUGUUCUUAAAACAGCCAGUUGCAUAACAGUGCUGGUACCUUUCCAGCUGUAAACCUCUUUGGAAGCUGCCAGCUUGUGCCCUUGGACCUGAGCUGUGAAAUAGAAAUGUUGUCAAUUCCAAUAAAUUUCAUUUAAUAAAUUGUCA